AAUCUUAGUCAUUGUUAGUCUCUUUUAUGUGUUAACUGUGUUGCAGUCUUCAGAUUUCCAAAAGAAGCAUGGCAUCGGAUCAUGAGCAGCCCAGGCUUUCCUCUCUUUUAAAGGAUGGAACGUCUUCUGGUGAGAUUGGUCAGGAACAUGAGCCUCUUAUUAAUGGGGUUUACAGUUCUGAGAGCUAUUCUGCUUCUGCGACUAUCUUUCCAUUUCUCUUCCCAGCACUCGGGGGACUCUUGUAUGGUUAUGAUAUUGGUUCUACAUCCUGCGCCACAAUUUCUAUUAAGUCAGCUACUAUAAGUGGAAUUUCAUGGUAUGACUUGUCUUCAGUCGAAAUCGGUCUCAUUACUAGUGGCUCGUUAUACGGGGCCUUGAUUGGCUCGAUCUUGGCUUUCAGUAUUGCUGACUUUCUAGGACGACGAAGGGAGUUAAUUACGGCUUCCAUCAUGUACCUUGUAGGAGCACUUGUGACAGCAUUUGCACCUAACUUAGUAGUUAUGGUUAUUGGACGUUUUGUGUAUGGCAUAGGGAUCGGACUGGCAAUGCAUUCUGCUCCAAUGUACAUUGCGGAGACAGCUCCAAGUCAGAUUCGUGGUGUACUAAUAUCUCUGAAAGAGUUCUUUAUAGUUCUUGGGAUGGUUGCUGGUUAUGGAAUUGGCAGCCUCUUAGUUGAAACAGUUUCUGGCUGGCGCUAUAUGUAUGGAGCUAGUACCCCUUUGUCAGUGAUCAUGGGAAUUGGACUGUGGUGGCUUCCAGCAUCACCUAGAUGGCUGCUAUUACGUGCCAUCCAGGGAAAGGGCAAUAUGCAGGAGUUAAGAGAAACUGCAAUAUGUUGUUUAUGUCAACUUAGGGGUCAAUCUAUUGGUGACUCAGCUUCUCAGCAGGUAGAUGAGAUUUUGACCGAGCUUUCUUAUGUUGGUGAAGAAAAAGAAGUCACACUAGGGGAAAUAUUCCAUGGAAAAUGCUUGAAAGCCAUGUUUAUAGGUGCAGGUUUAGUUUUGUUUCAACAGAUCACCGGUCAACCAAGUGUUCUGUAUUAUGCUGCAUCAAUAUUUCAGAGUGCAGGAUUUUCUGCAGCAUCUGAUGCUACCCGAGUCUCAAUUUUACUUGGUUUACUGAAGUUGAUUAUGACAGGAAUAGCUGUUGUAGUUGUUGAUAGGCUUGGGAGGAGACCUUUAUUAUUGGGUGGAGUUUCUGGGAUGGUUAUUUCUUUGUUCCUUCUUGGAUCAUACUAUCUUUUCCUGGAUGAUUUGGCGGCUAUUGCUGUUGUUGCACUGCUGUUGUAUGUUGGAUGUUAUCAGCUAUCUUUUGGUCCUAUCGGCUGGCUGAUGAUCUCCGAGGUUUUUCCCCUACGCCUCAGAGGGCGAGGACUUAGUGUUGCUGUGCUUGUGAAUUUCGGAGCAAAUGCACUUGUAACAUUUGCAUUCUCUCCUUUGAAGGCAUGGCUUGGAGCUGGAAUUGUGUUUUAUGUGUUUGGAGUCAUAGCUAUAUUAUCUCUCAUCUUUAUAUUCUUCAUCAUACCGGAGACGAAGGGGCUGACGCUCGAGGAAAUUGAGGCGAAAUGUCUAUAAGUUUCAGCGCCAUGCUUACCUAUGCAAUGGUCGAAUGCUUAGUAGAAUACAUCCCUAUGCAAGUUCAAACAUGCAGGAUAGUUCAUCCUUUUUUCUCCAAAAGAAAACAAACUUCUGCAACAUCUAGGAAAAAA